UCCCAUGCUGGAAUCAAAGGUCUAAUAACCGAUGCUGUCACUGGUGUGCCAAUCAACGAUGCUAUCGUAUGGGUUCGUAAUGGUACCGAUCCAAUGCCUAUUCGUCAUCCAGUCACUUCUUGUGAGUUGGAUUUUUACUAUACUUAGAAAUCCUUCACACAAAGAAUGGAUAGAGAAUUUCGAAGGGAACAAUAACAAUAACGAUUGUACAAACCACAAUAAAAUAAAUAAAGUGAGGGAUGUAAAAAGAAAUUAAAG